GAUUGCCCCGCCCCCUCCAUCUUCUCUUCCUGCUCUUAGAAUGAUUGCUCUGUCUCUUCUUCCUUCCCAAGUCCCGCCUUUUCAGCUACCCGCUCUGGAUAGGGAUUGGUAAACCAAAAAGGGCCGGCAAAAGAGCCGAAGGUUUUGAGGAGCGGAAGUAGUCAAAUUUCUCUGAGAACCGUAAAGUGCGGCUGGCUGUCCCCCUUUCCGGAUAACGACAACAGCUCCGACUGUCAGUGCCGGCCUUCCUCGUGUAAGGGGAUCUGCCGGACCCUUGCCUAAUUCCAUUUUUUCCCCAUUCCGGGCCCUUCCCUAUCGUCGCCCCCUUCACCUUGGACCAUGUUCAAGAAAUUUGAUGAAAAAGAAAAUGUGUCCAAUUGCAUCCAGUUGAAAACCUCAGUUAUAAAGGGUAUUAAGAACCAAUUGUUAGAACAAUUUCCAGGUAUUGAACCAUGGCUUAAUCAAAUCAUGCCUAAGAAAGAUCCUGUCAAAAUAGUGCGAUGCCAUGAACAUAUAGAGAUCCUUACAGUAAAUGGAGAGUUACUAUUUUUUAGACAAAGAGAAGGGCCUUUUUAUCCAACCCUAAGAUUACUUCACAAAUAUCCUUUUAUCCUGCCACACCAGCAGGUUGAUAAAGGAGCCAUCAAAUUUGUACUCAGUGGAGCAAAUAUCAUGUGUCCAGGCUUAACUUCUCCUGGAGCUAAACUUUACCCUGCUGCAGUAGAUACGAUUGUUGCAAUCAUGGCAGAAGGAAAACAGCAUGCUCUGUGUGUUGGAGUCAUGAAGAUGUCUGCAGAAGAUAUUGAGAAAGUCAACAAAGGAAUUGGCAUUGAAAAUAUCCAUUAUUUAAAUGAUGGGCUGUGGCAUAUGAAGACAUAUAAAUGAACCUCAGAAGGAAUGCACUUGGGCUAAAAAUGGAUAUUGUGUUGUAUCUGUGUUUGUGUCUAUGUGUGACAACAUGAAGACAAUACCUCUGUGGUUAUGCUGAAUAAAUUCAACAGAUGCUAAAA